AUGACAACACAUUGUGCAGAGAUAAAGGACAGAGGAAAGCAAUAGGUUGGCAAAGCGUUGGGUUCAGCAGCAGCAGCGAGAAGAGAAGAAAAGACUAGGUGUACCAUGUCUGUGUCUCCCCCUGAGGUGUGGCACACUGAUGUCUCCCUAGCGGCAGAAAACCUUGACAGAAAGUCCCUGCCUGGACUGGAGUGCACCAUCUGCUUCAAUAGCUACGAUAAUACCUUCAAGACCCCCAAACUGCUGGCGUGUACGCAUGCUUUCUGCUUGGAAUGUCUGGCCAGGUUGGUGGCCGUCAUGCCCAACAAACAGCCGGCCAAUAUCAUCUGUCCGCUGUGCAGGCAGCCAACGGUCAUUCCCGAACAAGGGACCCCCGCCUUAAAUACUAGCCAGGACUUGCUGGCCAAACUCCCACCACAGCUGCGAUUGGAAGAGUCUAUGUGGGUAGAGGGCAGAAAAUUGUGCUGCAAGAGGUCGGCGGAUUCUGAUGACGGCAAAUCCGACCUGUGUGUCUGUAUUGACAUUGGUGAAGCAAAACCGGACGCCUCUGUUCCGGCGAGGCCAGGCAGUUUCGGCUGCUCUGAUAUGUUUGGAGACUGGAAGAAAGUGGUCCUGUUCCUCAUGGUGGUGGUGAUUCUCUGUGCUGUUGUGCUCUGGCCUCUACAGUGUAUGAUUAUGAGCGGAAACCUCAGGUGUGCCAAAGGGCCAGAUGGCCAACCACCUACCCCAGUGACGACCACUACUUUUAUGAAGACCAUUAGAGUAUAGUAUAACAUACAUUAAACAGACUGCAAAGACACUAGAACUACGGUCUAUAUUGAGCCUGAAGUGCAAACCUGAGAAUGUAUAACCACAUUCCCGAGUCUCUUUGUGACAAGAGAAAUGCUUUUGACUCGACUUGAAUUCCCUAUUUCAAGUGGAGUGAAGAUCGAUGCAAUCUCAUCUCAAAGAGCACAUUUGACAACAUCAACAGAACUUAUUCAAUAAGUAGAGUCCUGUCGUAAUACAGCAGGUGGUGUGGGGGGGCAUUAAAAUCCCAACCAGUGUGACGCGAUUGCCAGUCAACCCUUCUACAUUCUCUGUGUCUGCAUUCAGAAAACCAGUUGGCAUUUUGAAGCGCGCCAGCUGGCUUUCUGCACUGCAUUGUUUUUGUUUUGGGUAGAUGUCAGUGUCCACACCCUGAUGAGUGAAUUGAUAUAAUGGCUGUUUUUCGCUGUAACUUGUUUGACAAAACUCGUGCUUAGUGCUUAAUAGAAAUUAGCCACUUCUAGUCGGGUGCCACUCUUUAUACAAGUUGGAACUGUUUUUGGGGUUCAAUUCACUGAUCACUUGUCUUUAUACUACCUUAUAGCAACCGUGGGCUACACCUGGAAGUUCUGAAUGUUUUCCUGUUCCGUCCAAAGAUUGUUCUCAGGGGGACCUUUAAUGAUGUAAUUACACGUUUUUUGAUGACAGAUUUGCACUUUUUUUUAAACAAAUGAUAUAUUUCUGGAAAAUGGGAGAGGAAUUUUUAAUGUAAACAUUGCUGGCAAUUCCACUGCAGCCAUUGUUUGUAUCUUUAUCUCACUGCGUCUUUAUACACACACUUGUUUACUAAAUGGGAGCUCUUUCUUCUUAAAAUCUUGAUGCUGCCACAAUUACUUUGACAAUCCAGUGCUUAAAAAUAUGAAUCCUUCCUGAACUGCAAGAGGCACACGGUGAUGUUUACCUGUGAUUUUUUUUUGUGAAUUGGUUGCUGUUUACCUUGUGAUCAGCCGGGUGGGUACCUGACACGUGGAUGUCUUCCACUGUACCGCUCUCCUGUGCGAUUGGCAUAUGCGUGGCUGCUUUUCGUUCGGUGUGCUCUCACUCGCGCUCUCCUGAGAAAGAUGCGUCCUGCUCACUUCAUUCUGGCAAUACUUUUGUGCUUCCCUUCCAGAAACAUAACAGCAUUUACUGGUUAUGGAGGGAGUGGUUGUGCUGAUAUUUGCGCCGCCCUAACUGCUGAACCUAUGCAUUUGCCGAAGCGCUACGAAGAUUCCUGCUGCUUUUCCACCACUUAGGGCCAUUCGGUUAGGUCUUUGGCUUUUUUGCUAAGUUAUCAGGAGCUGAGCGAGAAGAUCGCGGUGACUGGUCAGCCUCUCUCGCCCUCCGAGUGAGCCACUUGGCUCAUUCCACCCACAGUCUGUUUGGUUACUGACAACCACAGAGGUUGUUGACUUGAUGGAUCUUUUGCAUCUGUAACCCCCCCCCCCAGGAUAUUUUGGAUUAGUUAUACGCUCAGGAAUUUACCUUUUAAAUGCCCACAUCUACUUCAUUGGCACAAUUUGAUCGUGUCCGGACUGACUCAGCCUAUUUUUAAUAUGAAUGAGGUUUUAACUUCCCAUUGAACUUGGCAUGAAACUAAACACAAUUUAUCAAGUGGUGAAGGCCUUUGAAGAGAUGAUUGUAAGAGUCAAUUGGUUAAAUGUUUUAUUUAAUCUCGGGCACCAAUUACAUGGUUUUUUUAAAAGGGAAACUAGCAAUUAAUGUUCAGUUUGAUUGCUAAGAUGGUGUUUUUAAGAUCGAAAAGGGUAUUUGUGCCUCAAAAUACAGAUAUAAAGGUCAAACAAAUGGCCCAGUAACGUUUGUUCAGUAUCAGCAAAUUGUGGUGCUUCAAUGUAUUAUGCAAAGCA